UUUAGCUGAACUUCUUGCACGGUUCAUCGUUCUUCCUUUUUCUUCUCACGUUGGAGAGAAAAGGAGGAGAGAUGAACUGCGCAAGAAGUUCGGCUAAAAUAGAACAGAACUCCAUUGCACUGCCAUCGACGAGGGCUGCACUGAAAACAGUAGGAGCACUAGGAGCAGGGCGGAGGGAGAAGAAAGUGCAGUAUCACUGUUCUUUGUUUUCUCAAGUUUUGUGUACUUGAAAUCGUUUCGAGGAUCGGGGACAAAUUACUUUGGGACAGAACUGGAAAUUGUUGAUACAGCAUACAGCGUGAAAAUAUUGAAAAUAUUCGUGGACACAACAACUUCAAUCUCCACUUGUUUUUACGUAAAGGCGUCAGUAAAGGAGUUCUACCUAAAAAAACCCAAACUAUCCUGCAGUGUAAUUACACAAAUGGAAAUGUUUUUUGACAGUCCAGGCUGAAGAAAUCGUGAAGAAAUUACGCUAUAGGAUUUCCCCGACUCUUUCUAUCCAAUUGAGGGAUUUUACAAUUAAUAAAUACAAUAUGUGUGUAUUCACAUUGGAUUUAUUGGCCGUAUUGACCUCUGCAAAGAGGCAGAUGCCAUAAUUUAAAUAAGAAGAUAUUGGAUUUAUAGCGUCACAGUGAAUUAAAUAAUAACGAUGGAGGUGCCUGGCGUCGACGAGGAAGAUGAAGAUGUUGUGAUACAAGGUAGCGCUCUUCACGAGCAUCUUUCACAAUUAGGUUACACAGACUUUGAAAGUGUGCCUGUGCCCAAGAGAACGCAUUUUAAACAAGAGCAUUAUUUAAAUAUUGAUAUUAGAAACACCUUGAAGAAGAUUUACCGAAAAUUAUUUUCUCUUUAUUCUUGGAUAACGCAGGAGAAGAGUGUUUCCAAUGAGCAAUUGAACACUAUUUUGAGUGCAGAGACUUUGUUAAAUGACCAUUUUUCUAUUAUUAACGGCUUUGUAGCCAAGUGCGAUAAUAGUACUAAAAAAAUAACGCCGCAAGAACUAAUUGUGACUGGGGCUGUAUUAGUCUCUUCGAUGUAUGUUUCGUCAACGUUAUUUGCACCGUCCGCAAUUUGUUGCGUUGGUUAUGUAAAAUACUUGCGUUUUCGUGCAAAUAGAAAUCUAAAAAAUGUUGUAUCGUUACAAAAUGAACUUUUUCUCAUGUGUACAGACAGCCUUAAGAUCUUACGACGUGAUUAUAAAAUGAAAUUGGGCUUUGAAACGUGUCUUCAACAAUUUUCUCGUUUCUUAGGUGAAAAGUUGCAAUGUCUGGAAUCUCUGAGAGAUACUUUAAUAAGAUUUAUGGAAAAUAUUUCCCGUGUAUAUUACGAAUGUUCGCUGUCAAUUGCGAAAUUGCUGCCACCGGAUGUGCUUAGCGAAGAGCUGUUUACAAAGUUUGAACGUAACUCGUUUGAGACAUCUGGCGAAAUUGAUUAUCAAGCAUUAAAGAGAUCGUAUCACACAUAUCUUCUGGUCCAAUCAGAAAUGUUGUAUUUAUUAGCUGUCGCAUAUGAUAGUAAUACUUGGAUAUAUUCUUGCCAGAAGAUUCCUGAAACAAAAUUAGCUCAUAUAAUUAAUAUCUUGGUUAAAGAACUGGCGGUAUAUAAAGUUAAAUUGUCGGAAGUUAUUAACGCGUAUCGUACUUGCAAAACGGAACCAGUUCGAUAUAAAACACAGGACAAAGCUAAAUGGCACGAUCCAACUGUCCAGCUGGAUUUAGCGUCAUACAAACUGCAAUUGGCCUACAAUCAAGUUUUCUCGACAUUUAAAAAUAUCGAGGACUGUAUUAAUCAGGACAUUAGUAUCGAUAACGAAACAGCUGAUAUGCUGAUGCAAAAGUUGGAUAAAGCAUUCAAGGAGAUCGGCACGGCUAAGAGUCUGGCAGAAUUUGUUGUUCUAUUGAUGGCAAGAUCGAGAUUCAGUGAUCUGAAGGGCAGUCAGCCUGUAACCGAUGAUACUACGAUAAAUCAGAAUCCCGAUUUGCCAGUAAUAAUCGAUUCGGAUCCGCAGAUCCUUGACGAGGUAUUCGAAGAGUAUAUCAAAGAGGAGUAUUUAAAACCGUUGGACGAAGAUACGGAUGAAUGUUUGUUAGAGCAACGAAAGCUGGAUAAGCUUCUAGCGAAAAAUUUUAUGAUCGAAUUGAAAGAAGCUUUAAUUGAUAAACAUAAGUCUAUGUCCGAACGAGAAGCCAGGGCGCUGCAACGUAUAUAUAAAAACGUAUUGAGCGAUCCUGCGUCGAGUACCGAGGACAAGGACCGCCAGGUUGUAGCUCCUCCUCCACCGCCAAUGCCUUCUUACUGCAUGUGGUCAACGCCAUCAAGCGACACUAAUUCAGAUCGUAAAGUAAUUUCUCAUAUUUAUAAGAUUAAACAGGAUGAUCCGUCUAUCCGAAAAGAAUCCAACGAGUCAGACGAAGAAAAGGAUCUUAUAAGAGCUUUGAAAGGGAAGAACAUUUUUGAUACACCAUCCACUGAAGUCUGCGAAAACGGGGAUGAAGAAUCUGUUGCAUCCUUGCCACAGAUUCUUCUCGAGACUCAAGCCACGCGAUUUAUCACCAGGCUACCAGCACCUUUUCUCCACGAGGAAACGUUUAUAGGAAGUGGUGAAAAUUCUGAGGACGAGAUCGUAGACAAUGCAAGUGAUUGUGAGGAAAAUGAUAAAAACUCUCAAUAAUAAAGAUAUAAAUUUGA